AUGGAGACUUCAACUGCACCGCCGCCGGUAGCCAAAGAUGCACACAGGAAAGGAAUGGACCUACCCAGCUGGCAUAAAUAUGUUAUCCUCUUUACCGUCAGCUUUAUGUGUCUGGCCGCCACAUUCUCCAGCACAUGUCUAUACCCAGCAACGCCAGAGAUAGCAGCCGAGUUCGGGACCACACCCGAACACAUCAAUGUCACCAAUGCUGGAGUACUGCUAGCUAUGGGAUCGUCUAGUUUUAUCUGGGCACCUAUUGCUAGGACUUUAGGACGGAGAACGGCAUACAAUGGUGCCAUUGCUGUCUUGUUCUUGUGUUCGAUCGGUACGGCAUUGUCGAUCAACAUGGCUAUGUUUACUGUUAUGAGAGUCCUUGCUGGGUUUCAAGGUACUUUUAAUAUGGUAGCUGGUCAGACUAUCAUCGCCGAUAUCUUCGACCAACGAAGAAGAGGCACUGCAGUCGGCUUCUUCAUGGUAGGCUCAGUCCUUGGACCUGCGUUAGGUCCCUUGGUGGGAGGCAUCAUUGUGACCUAUACCUCCUGGAGAGUCAUCUUUUGGGUACAGACGGCCAUGGUGGGAGCAGGCUUGUUGUUGUCCUUCUUCUUUGUGCCUUCGAUUGCUCAGCCGCAUCAGACUACUGAAAAGCCUAGUUUCAGGCUUUGGGGAAAGUCGCAGGUUGAGAUGCUGAAGGUGUUCACAUUGCUGGUAUAUCCUAAUGUGUUCUUUGCGGAUCUUGCUUGCGGUCUACUCGCAUGGACCCAAUACUCCCUUUUAGCCGCACCUCGCCAUUUGAUCAACCCUCGCUUCAACCUGACCUCACCUCUGGUCAGCGGUCUCUUCUACAUAUCACCUGGCGCAGGAUUCCUCCUCGGUGCCAUAGCAGGUGGUCGCUUCUCCGACAUGACCAUGGCCAAAAAGAUCAUCGAAAGAGGUGGUAAACGAGUACCUCAAGACAGACUCAACAGUGGUCUCUUCGCCUUCUUCCUCAUCAUACCUUCUUCGCAGUUGAUCUAUGGAUGGUGCUUGCAAUAUGAUGUCGGUGGCUUGGCUCUGGCUAUCGUGGCUGCCUUUUUCACCGGAUUCGGGCUCAUGGCUGCGUUUAGUUCGUUAAACACUUAUUGUGCUGAAGCAAUACCCGAGCAGCGCACUGCAGUCAUUGCGUCCAAAUACUUUAUCCAGUAUAUUUUUGGUGCGUCUGGCAAUGCGGCAAUUGUGCCGUUGAUUGAUUCGAUUGGGAUUGGGUUGGCUGCUACGAUAGGCGUUGUUCUGUGUAUUUGUGGUGGUGUCUUGGUUUGGAUGCUUGCGAAACAUGGAGCUGCGAUGCAGGCUUUUGUUGAUGCAAAGUUGGGUCAUUUGGAUACGGAUGAUGAAAAGUGA